ACUGAUGUUUUUGAGAACUCUUUGAUCUGUCAGUCAGUAACUUCUUAAAAAUGCAUUCUUUUGUAGGAAUGUCAUAUUAGUCUUAGAGUUUAAAUGGGGUCACUCCAGUUUUUUGAUAGACAAAUACAGAAUUGGAGUGAAUGUUUACCUUUUUGGAGGAAUUUUGAACAAGCCCCUGAGUGCUAUCUAUUUUUUGUUUGUUUUUGUGUUUGUGUGUUUGUUUGUUUGAGACAGGGUCUCACUAUGUAUACUUGGCUGUCCUGGAAAUCACAGAGGUUCACAUGUCUCUUCUCCUGAGAAGGUUUGCAGUACCAUACCCAUAUUGUCUAUUAUUUUCUGGAGUUAAUAAUUUUGAUACAAUCUUGUUUAUAUAUACUCAGUAGUGUUGCUCUGUUUGUAUGUCUCUCUGUAUAGGUUAAUAGGCAUUUCUCCUUCAAUGACAUAUUCUAUUCAAUUGGCAUAGAAAUGGAAGGUGUUAUCCUACAUUUAUGUUUCCUUGUAAAGUGAGUUGAUGACUGUAUUUGAAAUUCUGUGACAUGGAAUUAAUAUAAUGACCAUGUAGAAUUAUGGAAAUAUAUUCUCAAUGAAGUGUACAUUUGCAAUUCAGUCAGUCUCACCAUUUCAAUUAUGAACAUAUAUGGGACAUUUUAGGAUGCAGUGACCUAUGAGGAUGUGCAUGUGAACUUCACUCCUGAAGAGUGGGCUUUGCUGGAUUCUUCCCAGAAGAGUCUAUACAAAGAAGUGAUGCUGGAAACCUACCGGAACCUCACUUCUAUAGGUUACAAAUGGGAAGACCUCAAUAUUGAAGAACAUUGUCAAAGUUCUAGAAGACUUAAAAGGUAUAUCAUCGGUCACUCUAGAUACAAGCCAUGUGAUCGUGAGGGAUAUGGAAAGAAGCAAUGUCCAUCUGUCUCUACCAAAACAAUUAGAAGAUGUGUAACAGUCCCCGCUAUAAGAAGACAAGGUGAAUCUGAGACAGGUUUACAAUUAACUGGUUUUCCAACUGGUUCAUUUUACACACGUAGUCUGACUCUCAGUAAAAGAAAAUAUUAUAAACGCAAUAAGUAUGGUAAAAUUCUGAGUUCUUCCAGUUCUUUUAAAAGACAUGAAAAUACUCAUAUGGGAAAAGGAAGUGAUAAAUGUGGGCUACGUAUGAAGGGCUUUAGCCAUCACAGGUAUCUUCAAACACACAAAACAACCAAUAAUGAAGAGGAUCUCAAUGAACGUAAUGAACGUGAUAAAGCCUUCAGAUCUGAUUCCUCUUUACAAUUACAACAAAGAACUCAUUUAGAAACAAAAUCCCAUGAAUCUAAUGAAAAGGAUAAAGACUCUGUAUCUCAUAGUCCUCAUCAAAUACCCAGAACUCAUUCUAGAGAGAAAAGGCAUGGACAUCAUCAACAUGGUAAAGCCCGUCCUGGCUAUCUUCAAAGAGAUGAAAGAGUUCAUACUGGAGAGAAACCCUUUGAAUGUAAUCAAUGUGGUAAAGCCUAUGCAUAUAAAAGUCAUCUUCACAGGCAUAAAAGAAGUCAUUCAGGAGAGAAACCAUAUCGAUGUAAGCAAUGUGGUAAAGCCUUUGCACGUAACUGUCAUCUUCAAAUGCAUGAACGAACUCAUACAGGAGAGAAACCAUAUCGAUGUAAGCAAUGUGGUAAAGCCUUUGCACGUAACUGUCAUCUUCAAAUGCAUGAACGAACUCAUACGGGAGAAAAACCAUAUCGAUGUAAGCAAUGUGGUAAAACCUUUACACGUAACAGUCAUCUUCACAGGCAUGAAAGAGGUCAUACUGGAGAGAAACCAUAUCGAUGUAAGCAAUGUGGUAAAGCCUUUGGACGUAAUAGUAAUUGUCAAAGCCAUGAAAGAAAUCAUGCUAAAGAGAAACCUUAUGAGUGUAAUCAAUGUGAUAAAGCCUUUGGACAGAACAGUCAUUUUCAUAGUCAUGAAAAAAGUCUUACUGGACAAAAUUCCCAUGAAUCUAAUCAGUGUGAUAAAGCCUUUGCAAAGAACAAUCAUCUAAGUCAUGAAGGAAAUAUUUCUGAAGAGAAACCCUAUGGAUGUAGUCAAUGUGGUAAAGCCUUUGGACGUAGCAGUAAUCUUCAAAGGCAUGAAAGAAGUCAUACUGGAGAGAAACCUUAUAAAUGUAAACAAUGUGGUAAAGCCUUUGCACAGAACAGUCAUCUUCACCGGCAUGAAAUAAGUCACACUGGAGAGAAACCCUAUGAAUGUAAAAAAUGUUGUAAAUCAUUUACACGUAAAAGUGAUCUUCACAGGCAUGAAAGAGGGCAUACUAAAGAGAAAUCCAAUUAAUGUAAUUAAUGUGGUAAAGCCUUUGCAUGUAAAAGUAAUCUUCAAAUGCAUGACAGAAGUCAUACUGUAGAGAAACCCAAUGGAUGGAAACAAUGUGGUAGAGACUUUGCAUGUUGCAGCAACUUAGAAAGCAUGACAGAAUUUACAAUUGUGAAAAACCCCAUGAUGCUAAUAAAUAAGGUAAAACCUUACAUUCCACAUAUAUUUUUCCCACUGAGCUAUCAUACUGGUCCUUGAUUAAGAUUAGUAGAAGCACUCCAUCUUAAAAUAUUGUCUCUUUUUCAAAUUGUAAACAUAGUGUCAUCCAAGAAUAUAGGAAUAUAGGAUGGUUUGAAUAAUAAAACCUAUUUACAAAUGAAAAUGGUAUUCAUGUUUUCAUCCUUUUAUUAUGGUAAUUUAUUCUGAGGACUAAAUACUUGUUCCUAACACUUUCUCAGAAACACAAAUGAAUGGCAGAGAAUUGUCUCAGUGGCUAAAGGUAGUUACUGCUAAGCUUGAUUUCAUUCUCUGUGAGAACAAUAUUCCUCAUAGAAGUUUUUUUUUAAUACUACACUUGGAUUAUGGCAUACACAUACCAUUACACCAGCACAUGAAUAAAAAUGUUUGAUAAUGAAAUGACUAGGACACCAGCUUAGGAGACUAGCUUGGUAUGAUCUCUAGUACUCACAUAGAAGAACUAGAGAACAAACAUCUGUAACUUGUGCUCUGACCGGUAAUAUGAACAUCAUGACACAAGUGUAUACACACAGUUAAAAUUUUUUAAAUAGAUAAAAUUAAAGAAGAAAAAAACUCAACCAAAAUGUUGAGAACAUAGUUGAAGUUAAUACAUUGGAAAAUUUUAAGAAGUAUUAUUGUUCAUGAAAAUAAUGAUGGUUCCUAUUUAACUCUUAUCCUUUCAUUGGCUGAUUCAAAGAUGGGUAAUAUUUAAAACAUCUCUCUGCUGGGCAGAGUGGUGCACACUUGUAAUCCAGCUCUUGGGAGACAGAGGCAGGUGGAUUUCUCUGAGUUUGAGGGUAGCCUUGUCCACAUAGUGAGUUUCAGGAUUGCUAUAUCUAUGUAGAGACACCCUUUCUUAAAAACUAAAAAGGGAGUCUAGAAAGAUGGCUUAGUGGUUAAGGGUACUGGUUGCUCUUCCAGAGGUCCCAGGUUCAAUUCCUAUAACUCAUGGAAGCUCACAACUGUAACUCCAGUUCCAACGAUCCAAUGCCCUCACAGAGACACAAAUGUAGGCAAAACAUCUUUGCACAUGAAAUAAAAGUGAUCAACUUUAAAAACCAUAUAUCACAUUAUUGAACUUUCUCUAACAUAAUUUGGACUCAUCUCUACUCAAAUUAUUCCUUGUUUUAACAAUGAAAAUGAGAAGCAAUGUAUAGAGUCCAUUCACAGAGGUAUAGAAAUCCCUUCAAUUCUUCAUUCACCUUGUAGCAGGGACUUCCAUCAUGCUAGUGAUAAAAGACAGAAGAAGUAAUCUUCUUUGAUUUUUGCAUUAUACUAGCAUCUUUGGGAGCUGUAGAUUUGAGUCAGUAGUACAGCUGUCAUUCAGUACCUAAGUUUGGUUCCUAGUACCCACAUCAGUGGUGAAAAAUACCUGUAAAUCUUAGUCUAGGAUGUUUGAUGCACUUUUCUGUCUUCUUGGAACUAGAUAUGCUAAUGAUGUAAAUGUGUAUAUACAUAUAUAUUUAUAUAAAAUCAUGUAUAUGUGUAUGUAUGUAUUUAUAUGUUUGUAUGUGUUGCAACUCCAUAUUUUAAAAAAGGAUUUCUUCGUGUAUGUGUUAUUUUUAAUUAAAAUAAAAUUAAUUUUUGUGUGCAUUGUCAGAA